ACAGGCGAGGGUUGACUUUCACCUUCUCUCGCUGAUGCAUCUCCAGCGGGCAGCUGCGUAAGAUAAAGCCAGCUUACUUGGCCGUGCGUUGUACAAUUUUGGAACGCGCACCCUCUUCAUGAUCCUGCCGAGGGUAGAGAAACUGUCGUGAUGUUACAAAGCCAUGUAGUCGUUUAAAUCCAAGUUUUUUUUUUUCGAUAUGGGCCGCGAGUGCCUGGAGCAUGUGUGUUGAGUUUGUGAUGCGUUGUUUUAUUGGGUAAGGGGGAAGGGUAAAUUAUUAUUUUCGCCCAUAACCUCGAAAGGCAUACCCCACGAACAAAGAAGCCGAAAAUAAUGCAGCAGUGGAGGCAAUAUCUCUCUUUCGAUUACAUUAUGCUUUUUGCCAAUGCGAGAAGCCGAUUUUAGGGAGAUCGUAGCGAGGAUUAUGAGAGUUAGUUGAACGUCCGGUACAUUGGUGCAAAUUUAGAUAAAUGUUGACAAUGGCAACUCCGGAGGGAACGAUUCUCUUUGCAAAGCUCGAAGCUUUGAAAGAUAUCAGGUCGAAAACUAUCCAGUUAGACAAGAUAAAGCAGAGAAUCUUCCAGGAAGUAGAGCUAACCGAACAAGAAGAUAAAUGCUUGAUGGAGUAUAAACAGGAAAUGGAUUUGCUGAUGCAAGAAAAAAUGGCUCACGUCGAAGAGCUUAGACAAAUUCAUGCCGAUAUCAAUGCCAUGGAAUCGGUUAUUAAGCACGCAGAAGAGGCGAGAAAUCGUGCUAGGGAGGCUGCUAAGAUAAUUCACAACAAUGAUUAUCAGCCCUUGAAACACGAUAUCGACAGAAUGAGAAGAGAUUACUUGGGACUCGAAAGACUGCCUGAACUUUAUGAAAUUGAUAACGAUAUAACUCCAGAUUAUUUUGAACGUGCCGUACAAAAAGCAGAGUGGCGUAUGGACGUACGUGGCGAAGAUUUACUACCUCCAUUAAGUAUGCAUUCCCACGGUAGUCAUCCUGGAAGCAAUGCCUUUUUAGCACCUCAGCCUUUACAGGGUUCAAGUAAAGCGGAACCUAGACCACUCCCUCCUGCACCUGGCCCACCAGCUCCAACAUUUCGACAACAACCACCACCUAUGAAAUCAUGUCUUUCUUGUCAUCAGCAGAUCCAUAGGAAUGCCCCCAUAUGUCCUCUAUGCAAAGCCAAGUCACGAUCUCGUAAUCCCAAGAAGCCAAAAAAGAAAGACUAAGUCUAGCGCAAUAAUUCAUUUAAUCAUUCAUUUAUUAAUUCAUGUUAAUCACUUCAUAAUUAUAGUAUAAUCACAAAUAUCUUUGAUUCAAUUGUUAGAAUCGCUUGAUUCAAACUUAGAGCAGAAUUAAUAGAAAUAAGA